CUCAUGAUGAACCUAACCGUAUUCAUUACUUCCAAUAACAUCACCAACAUAAGCAGCCAAUACAAUCAACUAUAUCAAAAUGCAAAAUUCGUUUUUUUUGUCAUCAUCAUCUUCUGCUUCUGUUUCUUCAUCUACUUCAUCCUAGUACUUCUGAUGGUUUACUUCACCACUCCUCACGUCCGGGAGAAUGCACGAUACAUCCUCUUUGCUCAUAUGCUCAUCAACGACACAAUGUACCUCAGCCUUGGGCUGUUCCUGUGUUUAGGCUUCGGAUUCCUCUUAUAUAUUCCUGUACCCAUCUGUUACGUUCUGGUGACCUGUGCCACAGCUACAUUACGAAUCACUCCGUACAACUUGGCCAUCAUGGCCUUGGAACGAUACGUGGCUAUUUGCUUCCCUCUCAAACACAUCAUGUUAUGUACAGCCCGGAGGUCAUAUUUUGCUAUUGCAGUAAUGUGGUUUGUUGGUUUGCUUCCCAAUGUUGCUGAUUUUAUAGUCCUCAUUUCCUCUGUUGAGGUGAAAUUUUUCUCCCGGAAUCUGCUGUGCAGGCAACAAUCAUUACUUGUCCUACCAGCCCAAAACACCAUACAAUUCUCCACCUAUAUUGCAAGUUUCAUACUGGUGUCUCUGGUCAUUCUCUUCACCUACAUCAAGGUUAUGCUGAUAGCUCGAAAAACUGGAUCCGGGAAGUCUUCGGCCUCCAAGGCUGGUAGAACCUUGAUCCUUCAUGCAGUUCAGCUCUUUCUAUGUCUGCUCUCUCUAACUUCUUCAUUUUCAGAAUUGUACCAAGGAGAUUUUUAUUAUUUUGUGAUGAUGCUCAAUUUUUUGAUGUUCAUGUGUUUGCCAAGACUUCUCAGCCCUCUUAUUUAUGGCAUUAGAGAUGAAGUGUUUAGUAAAAGCAUUAAGAAGAUGUAUUCUACCAACUAAUAAAUCUAUGAGUAAACCUUAAA